GACGGUAUCACAGUACUCCAGGGAAAAGACCAAAAGCGAAGCUACUUCUCUCUCUCUCUCUCUCUCAUAUAAAACCAACUUUGGAAAGAGAAAGUGGAGAGAGAGGAUAGGGCGAAGCCUAUUGAGCGUAAAAGAUCCUUUUUGGCUGCGUCUUCUUCUUCUUCCAAAUCUCUCCUACAAAAUCCAUUUCACCAAGAAAUUUGAAGGAAAAAAUUCGAAGAAUUAUUCAAAGAGAGAGUGCUUGUUGUGAUCGAUGAAAAACCCUAGGAUCGAAGAGGCAUCGGCGUAGAUGCUUGGCUCUGCAGUGCCUCUGGACCAGAAUUGGUUCCUUCAGCUGCUUUUGACGGUUUUCGUGAUUGCCGUGGGAUUGCUCCAUCUGGUGAAGAACACGGCCUCCAAGUACUUUGAGGUCGACGCCAAUUUCGAAGCAGGAGGAGGAGAGCCUUCUCAUCGCGCCCCAAUGCCCGGCGUUCUCACCGACGACCACACCGUCUGCGCCAACUGCAACAAUCCCGGCUCCAAGAAGUGCUCGCGCUGCAAGGCCGUUCGCUACUGCUCGGAAAAAUGUCAAGAAGCACACUGGAAAUCUGGGCAUAAGACAAAAUGCAAGAAUUUUCAGCCAUCUGGGGUAAAUUCAACUGCAAUAGCCAACUCUGGACACACAGCUUCUGGUGUUGGGGUUAAAAGUUUUUCAGCAGUUGCACUGGUUCCCACUCGUGGAAGCUCUAAGUUUAUUAAGCAGCCAAAAAAGAUUCUUUUCCCGUAUGAGGAAUUUGUGAAAUAUUUUAAUUGGGACAAACCAGGAUUUCGUCCUUGUGGACUUCUAAAUUGUGGAAACAGUUGCUUUGCCAAUGUUGUUCUACAAUGUCUUGCAUUCACACGGCCACUUGUUGCUUACUUGUUGGAGAAAGGCCAUCGGAGAGAAUGCAAUCGUAAUGAUUGGUGCUUCCUAUGUGAGUUUCAAACCCAUGUUGAAAGAACAAACCAAAGUUUGCAAGCCUUUUCUCCCAUAAGCAUUCUCUCUCGCUUACCUAAUAUUGGUGGUAAUCUUGGUUAUGGGAGGCAGGAGGAUGCUCAUGAGUUCAUGAGGUUUGCCAUCGAUACAAUGCAAUCUGUCUGCCUUGAUGAAUUUGGUGGAGAAAAAGCCGUCGAUCCUAGCUCCCAAGAGACAACCCUUAUCCAACAUAUAUUUGGUGGUUACCUCCAAUCUCAGGUGAUAUGUACAGAAUGCAAUAAUAUCUCAAAUCAGUAUGAAAAUAUGAUGGAUUUGACCGUGGAAAUUCAUGGGGAUGCUGCAUCAUUGGAGGAAUGCCUAGACCAGUUCACAGUCAAGGAAUGCCUUCAUGGAGAAAAUAUGUAUAAAUGUGAUGGCUGCAAUGACUAUGUUGAGGCAUGGAAGCAGCUAACUGUUAAAAAAGCUCCCAAUAUUCUUACAAUUGCCUUAAAAAGAUUUCAGAGCGGGAGGUUUGGGAAACUGAAUAAGAGAGUUACUUUUCCUGAGACUUUGAAUCUUAGCCCUUACAUGAGUGAAGCUGGAGAUGGUACAGACUUGUACAAACUUUAUGCGGUUGUAGUCCAUGUGGAUAUGUUGAAUGCAUCCUAUUAUGGUCAUUACAUCUGCUAUACCAAGGAUUUCCGUGGAAACUGGUACAGGAUUGAUGAUUGCAAGGUUACAAGUGCUGAAUUAGAAGAGGUACUUUCUCAGGGAGCAUAUAUGCUUUUAUAUUGCAGGAUUUGUGCUAGACCAUCGAGUCUUAGAACUGACGAACCUUCAGGGAAGGAGCAGCAGCAAAUGAUGCAAGUGAAAGUAGCAGCGCCUUGCCCAAAAGAGCAAGUCGGUUGCUCCACAACUGCCGAGUCUAAGAAGCACAUUAACGGUUUCACCAUACUAGCUGAUAGUAGUCCAUGCCCGAAGGUUUCUGGCUGUGAGGAAGAGUCAUCCACUGGAAUUAACCCUGUAGUUCCAGAAGAAUGUCUUGAGGAUAUGGAUGUGGUUAGUGUCAAGCCAAGUUCAUCUGUUUCCAUGGAAGUUUCCAUCUGUAAGACCGAGUCAUCUUCUGGAAGUAGUAUUGAAGCUUUCAGAGAAGAUCAAGGGGGUAUAAAUAUGGUCAAUUCUGCAUCAAAUUCGCUACUUUCAAAUGGGUUUUCUAGCUACAAGAAAGAUUCUUCUGUGGCAUUUAAUUCUGAGGCUGGAAGAGAAGAUCUGGAAGAUAUGAACAUAUUUCUUUCUGAUAUGGAUUCGUCUGUUUCAGUAGAUAGUAAAUCUGUAAGAGAAGAUUCAGAAGAUAUGGACGUCGAGAUAACACCGUCUGUUGCAGACGAUAUCGAAGUUUGUGGCAACGGUUACACACACCAAAAGGAAAUAAUGCCAUGCCCAGUGGAGCAUGCUCAUAAGGUGGUUUCGGCUGAAAUGAAUAAAUUGAAGCAUGAACUACCUCUUUGCAAUGAGGAUGGAAAUGGAGCUAGGAGAGUAGAAAUAAUGGGUGGCAAUUUGUAAGACUUUAGGUCCUUUUUUUCUUUAUAAGUUCAUAUUUUUUUCAUGAUCCCACCAUCAAAAGGAAAAGAUUGAGUUGGGAAUUCUUUUUCUGGGGUUUCAUUAUUUGCAGAAAUCUCGGAUUCUAUUGUACCAUUUUCAGAUGGGACAUUUUAACUUUAUCAAACUUGACAGAAUUUAGGAUAUCGCCAAGGGGAUUGUAUUCCCUUGCUGAGCUAAUUUUCAUCUGUAAAAAUAUCUGUGGUACAAUUAAUAAUAUUUUUUCUAAAUCUUUUGGGACGGCUA